GAAUCGAGAACGACCUUGGAUCUUUGGUCCUUCUGCGAGUCCCACCCCGUGUGGUGACGAAAUUUAGUUUAUAGGUGUAGGAAUUACUUCAAAUUUCUGAUAUAUCUUGACGCCUUUCAAUUUGUAACCAUGAAGAUCUGGAAGAGUGAACACAUUUACGAUCACCCGUGGGAGACAGUUGCCAAAGCCGCAUGGAGAAAAUAUCCGAAUCCUAUAAACCCUGCAGUUUUAGGCACUGAUGUCAUCGAUCGAAAAGUUGUUAAAGGUGUAUUACAUUCACAUAGACUAGUAGCUUCUAAAUGGCCAUUUCCUAAAUGGGCAGCGUCGUUUGUAGGAUCAACCAACAUCUGUUACGCCAGUGAGUAUUCAUUAGUUGAUCCCAAACAAAGACAAAUGACACUGAGGACAAGAAAUCUUACAUUUGGAAGUGUGAUGGCAGUUGAUGAAACAGUGACAUACAUGCCACACCCAGAAGACAGUAAUAAAACAUUACAAAGACAAGAAGCUAUCGUGACUGUACAUGGAAUGCCAUUGGAGAGUUACAUGGAAAACCUCAUGACCAACAAGAUAUCUGUCAAUGCUGGCAAGGGAAGGCAGGCCAUUGAAUGGGUUAUAGGUAAACUACACGCUGAAAUGAAGGAAAUUGCAUCUAAUGCUAUCUACAACACAGAUGACUUAAUUAGCUUCACUAAAAAAUCACUCCAGCAAGUUACUUAUUCUGUAGAUGAUAUUUCAUUGGUUACAAAAAAGUCUAUUGAAGAUCUGCAGCAUCUUCAAUCAACUCCACAGUCUGUGCCAACACCAUAGCAAUCAUUUUGGCUUAGGUUAAUGUCCUUCAUCUUUACUUGCAAAAGGCUUGACUGGUGCGAUGAUUUGUUGGAUCCUAACGACCUAAUGGCUCAGCCUGUGCAAGACUAGACACAUCUCUGGUAUACCAUUUUGUUUCCUUGUUAAAAAUUCGCAAUUCUUCUAAAAAAAAAUUCUAACACUAGUCUCCUACCGACAUGGUUUUGCCAAAAUUGGUUUCAACUUAAUCCAUUGGAAAUUCUUUAUAAAAUGUAAAAUUUUAAUGGGGACUUAAAACUUUCAUAAUGAAGUAAGAUAAUCUUCUGAGUAAUGCACAAACCUAUUUGAAGGAAAUAGAAGUUGAAUAGUUAAGGGAGGUGUCUAUGUUCAUGUCUAGAGAAUUCUAAUUUACUUGAAUCUACCCUGUUUGACAAAUCCAGGAGGUAAUUUAUAUUUAUAGUGUACCUUGUGAUCUCAACCCCUUCGUUAAAGCCUCAUCCAAGUACAUUCAAAUUUACAUUACCUAAGUCGAAAUGUUAAAUGUUGUGUUCAACCAGUGGGUCAAGUGCAUUCUAAGAUUCAUUGACACUAUUGGUGUGAUUUGCCAAGUGUACAUAGUAGUAGAACAAUUGAUACAAUGGGAGGAAAAAUUAUUACUUUGUGUUAUUUUUACUUCUUUUUUCAGUGUGGUCUUUUUAUGUUUUUGAAGUUCUGAGAUCAAACUGAUUUUCAGAGCAAAAUUUUCAGUGCAUAAACCUUAUGCUCUGCAGAAACAUUGCCUUUUAGUUUAACAUAACAUAUCCAUAAUAUCUUAUGUGAGCUUUCCUUAACAACUCUUGACAUCUGUUGUGGAAUCUGUCAUGCUGUUUCCUCUAUCUGUACAUACUGAUGAAAGCUUUUAUAGAUUAGGCUGAAAAGAUCAAGCGCUUUGAGGCAAAUUAAUCAGUAAUUUUUUAGUUUACAUUGGCAGUGUUGUUGCCAGUAAACAAUGUCUUGCCAGAAUUUGUUACUGCCUCAAUAGCAGGUGGUUAAACCUGAAAUUGUUUGGAAACCCAUUGUAAAUUUUGACACUGCUGCCUAUUAUAUGCACACACUUUGGAAAAAGCAACCAUAAUUUCAAAAAAAAAUCUCAAGAAAAAAGAGAGUUGCUAUCUUUCCUAAACUUUUCAGUUCGAGUGAGCAAUACCCCUUCUCCUGUAUGUAUUGGUGGACCAAUCAUUGGAAUGUAUUAUGUAAAUAUCUUCUUGUUUAUUUUACCUGAGUUAUUCUUUGCUCAAACUUAAAUGGGUGAAGUGAGUUGUGAGGAGUAUUUGAACUGAUUUGAUCACAGGGUUGUCAUCUCUUUAAUUGUGUUGAGAGUGUUUGUGGAGUGUCCAAAUAGCGCGUAUUUUUGUAAUGUAAGACUCACAGCUUGUGCAUUCCUGUUCCUCUUUCUAUUCACUUCAAAAAUAUGUAGGUGUUUUUAAUUCAGAUUUUAGGCGGCUUGUCUCUGCCCUAAACUGCAGCUGCUAAGAACAAUUUGAUUAUUGGCCUCCCUUCUGUUUUGCCAUUGCAUAAGGAAAUGUCUCAUUUUAAUUCUACGGGAAAUGCUUUUUUAGGGUUUGACAGAAGGUUUAAUUUGCAAAGGCUUGGGCAGCACUUCUAUAGCAGCAACAUAAAGAAAGUACCCUACAAAUUUUCAUUUUCAAUUCCUUCAAAUGCUGAUGCCACUACUAUGCAUCAUAGCAACAAUGAAAAUCAUCUUCAUCGAGUUGACCUCACUGUAAUAGAUAUUACCUCAUUGCUUUGUAUUAUGGGAGUGACUGUGUGAUGAAUGGUGAUUACCGGUACGUUCUCUGGUGUGCUUAGUCCGAUUUUUUCUGCUCACUAGUUUUGCUGUGCUUGCACCCAGAGGUAUUGACAUCUUGACUGGCAGGCCCAGUCAAAAUGUCGCAUUCUAGAAAAAUUGUUUCUUGAAGAGUUCUUACAGUAAACUCUUUUUUAAUUAAAAAAUUAAUUGUGGCCCACAACAAUGUGGCCCUGAGAGUAACUGUGAUGUAACUCUGCAAUGACAAGAAAUAAAAGGAAGAAAUAUAUAUAAAUAAAUGUUAACAAGUUC